UAAAUCUACAUACGCUACAACAGGAAAGUAGGUCGAUUUGUCAAACUUUACUGAAGUCCUUCUUUUAGUCCCGAAACGCUACUAGCGACUAUUUGUUUUUAAACUUAGACUGGUUUUGUUGUUGACGAUGUCUACAUUCAACAGAGGUCCUGCUUAUGGGUUUUCAGCGGAAGUAAAAAGCAAGAUUGCACAGAAGUAUGACUCCCAGAAAGAGGACGAAUUACGAAUUUGGAUUGAAGACAUUACAGGGCGGUCAAUCGGAGAUGACUUCCAGAAGGGUUUAAAAAAUGGUGUCAUACUCUGCGAGCUCAUCAACAAACUUCAGCCAGGGUCUGUGAAAAAAAUCAACCAAUCAUCCCAAAAUUGGCAUCAGCUGGAGAACCUGACUAACUUCAUCAAAGCAAUCACCACAUAUGGUCUCAAACCUCAUGAUAUUUUUGAGGCCAAUGAUCUAUUUGAGAAUGGAAAUAUGACACAAGUUCAGACCACCCUUCUGGCUCUUGCCAGCAUGGCUAAAACCAAGGGUAGUCACUCAAGUGUUGACAUUGGAGUGAAGUAUGCAGAGAAACAGGAGAGGGCAUUUGAUGAGGAGAAAAUGAAAGCUGGGCAAUGUGUUAUUGGACUACAGAUGGGAACAAAUAAAUGUGCUAGUCAAGCUGGAAUGAAUGCCUAUGGCACCAGAAGGCAUCUCUAUGAUCCCAAGGCACACAUUCUCCCACCAAUGGACCAUUCGACCAUCAGCCUUCAAAUGGGAACAAACAAGGGUGCGAGCCAAGCUGGCAUGACAGCACCUGGGACCCGUCGUGCAAUCUACGACCAGAAAAGUGGCACUGACAAGUGUGACAACUCCACCAUGUCCCUGCAAAUGGGCUACACUCAAGGGGCCAACCAGAGCGGGCAAAAUUUCGGGCUAGGCCGCCAAAUCUACGAUGCCAAAUACUGCCCCAAAGGUGUGCCAAGCGCAACUGGAGAAGGGGCUGAUGGUGCUGGCUACGUGGAUUGCCAUGAUGAGGGGUACCAGGGUUACCAGGAUGAUGGUCAAGAUUAUUGAAUUGACCAAUCACAGGCUCUAAGGCCAAAUAAGAAUCUAAAGGGAAGUUAGCACUUCCUUGCAAACAAGACCCAAAACAUGCCCUUACACCACAGUAAAUGUGGUGUCUGUGGAAAAUGGAUGCUCUAUGAAAGUGCCCAAUAUAGAACAUAUCACUUUUGUUUUAAGUAUAUUGAUGUUCUUUUUAUAAACAGUUUUUGUCAAUUUUGAGCUUGAGCCCUACAAAACAUAUCACUUAAGUGUUAUAUCUGUUGAUACUAAUUGCAUUUUAUAUGGUUUGAAUUGCACAACCACUAUAAUAAUAUUUAGUAUUUGCUUUAUUGUCAGUUUUUAUUUUUUUUAAAUGAUAAUCUCUACUUGGAUGUUAAACACAAUAAUGAAAGGGGAUUACUGUAAAGUUAUAUUCACAAUCUCAAAACGCAGAAUUAUUUUCUUUGUUCAAGCUGUCAUAAUCAAGCUGUUGUAAAAAAAUUUGAUAUUAAGUGUGGACAAGUUAGAGUGUCAUAGGAGCCUGAUUCAUUCAUUGAAUAUUAAAGCAUGCUCAGGGCUUUAAAAUCUCUUUUCAAAAUGCUUCUUUGCUCAGUUGAACAUUUGAAGGUGAAUACUAGCUGUUAAAGGUUUUAAAAUGGGGUAGAUUUAGUUAUAGUGAACUUUUACUGGAGUUAUACGGUCCAUUGUCUUAUUUUAAAAGCCUAUUUCCCCAGUUCUAUUUAAUAUUAUGUUUUUAGGCUGAAAAGUGUGAACACAUUCCUGAGAUGCACAAAAAAGGAUGUUUUUACCUAUCAUUUCAGCAGCAUUUCUGAGUCAUGAUUUUGAUACUUGUGAUUUUGUUCCAAAUAUUAUUUGUUCCAAAUAUUAUACUUCCUCAGUUGAUGUGAGGAGAUGUGAAUGUGGUUUAUUUUUUGUAAUACACUUAUUGUCUUAGACGGUAAAGUAUCACAUGCAAUAUGAUAUUUGUAAAAUGUGUCAUUUUAUCCUCACUUUUAUUUGUUUCUUUUAGAUGUGACUAAAUGAAAUAUUUCUCUCUUUAUAGAGCCUUGUUUUCUUUGGAUUAUAGUGUUGUGAAAGGAAAUUGAAGUAGAACAUUGUGAGCCUUGAACAUUCCAAAUUAGGAACUGGAUUCACUACUUUCUCAUUCCACAGUAUUUGACUAUUUUUAAUAAAUUCCUGAAGUGACACUUCUCAUUCCAAAAAAACAGUCAAUAAAAGUCAAAAACGUUUUGCUUUUGUAUUAGACAUGGGAAAGAUAACAUAUAUGCAAUAUCUGUUGUUCUUAUUUGGAAUAUUGUGGCUGUAGUAAAGAUGGGGCUUUUAAUAAAAUAUGUGUUAUGAAUGA